UACGAGGAAAGCGUUUCUUCUUUGCUUCUCUUGUUGGCCGUUAAAAUAUAAAUAUUGACUGUCUUCACUAGUUUUAAGACAAAUAUUUAACAUAAAAAUGUUUUCCACGAGUUCCCAAAGGAAAUUUUGGACGUUCAACGAUGAGAACGAGCUUGCACAAUUGCGGGAGAAGCACAAUUUGGAGUUCAUCGCAAAGCACGGGGCCCAUGUAGACGAAUACCAGCGGUACAACGUGUUCCUGUCCCCAGAAGAAGAAAGACUGCUUCUUAGGCAGUAUGAGUUGCACCUGAAAGAGUUCUGCAAAAGAUUCAGCCCGCCAAUGCCCAAAGGCGUUGUCGGCACUGCAUUCCACUACUUCAAACGUUUCUACCUCUACAAUUCCGCGAUGGACUACCACCCUAAGGAAAUCCUGGCCACUUGCGUGUAUUUAUCGUGCAAAGUUGAAGAAUUCAAUGUUUCUAUCGGACAAUUUGUGGCUAAUAUUAAAGGAGAUAGGGAUAAAGCAUCAGACAUUAUCUUAAACAAUGAACUGUUAUUGAUGCAGCAGUUAAACUAUCAUUUAACCAUACACAAUCCGUUCAGACCAGUGGAAGGGUUCUUGAUUGACAUUAAAACAAGGUGCAGCCUUGCUAAUCCAGAGCGCCUUCGCAGCGGUAUUGAUGAAUUUUUAGAAAAAGUGUUUUUGACUGACGCUUGUUUAUUAUAUGCACCGUCUCAGAUAGCAUUAGCAGCAGUACUCCACGCAGCCUCUAAGGAGCAAGAAAACUUGGACAGUUACGUUACAGACAUGCUUUUCCGAGAUGCUGGUCCAGAUAAGUUGGCUAUCCUGAUUGAAGCUGUACGUAAAAUAAGGUCUAUGGUGAAAAUGGUGGAAAGUCCAGCUCGGGAGCGCGUGCGAAUCAUUGACAAGAAGCUGGACAGGUGUCGGAAUGAAGAGAACAAUCCGGACAGUGAGAUAUACAAGAGACGGAUGCGGGAGGCGCUGGAUGAAGAUGAUUUGGUGUACACCGGACACACGAGGAUGUCCCUAGAUACAAGUGGAGUGACACAAGUCCUUUCACCCUCCGCUUCUUAGAUUAUAGAAUUUUAUUUUGGUAUGCUGUUGUAUAAUACAGAACAAAAAUCUUUAACCUUUUGAACGCCACGCCUACCGUGUGCGGCGCGUCAUCAUGAGCCUUGUCGGAAUGCACGAACGUUGAUAUUGGGCUGUAGCCACGCCUGUCAGUUGACGUCUUUGGCGGUCGAAAGGUUAAAGGUCUUAAGAAUAAAAAUCUAAGUUAUAAAUGACAAAGCAGGUUUAUUUGUCAGCUGUAUGUUGCCACUGUAAUAUUCAACGGCAUAGAAAUAUGUUCAUUCAUGAUGGUCAGCCUAAUUCUUAAGCAUAAUUCUGUAGACCUACUGAAAAAGGAUACAAGGCUCACACAGCUUAGGUGUAAAAGGGCUUAAGUGUUACGUGGAACUUACACCCUUUUACACCUACGCUGCUGAGACUUGAUCCUUAUUCACUAGGGGCACAGAAUUGUUUGUAUUGUCCUAAUAUAAACGUAGGUUGAAGUAGGUGAACCUUCAUGAAUUACUAUAUUUACUAGAGUUAGAUAUACCUAAAUAGAAUUGACUUAUUCUUUUAUAUUUUAUUUUCGGUAUGUAACAUGACAGAAGAAAAAUGGUUUUAUCAAUAAAACACUUAAAACCAA